UGUAACAAACGAGGAUGGUUUAACCAGCCCUCCAUUGUCCCUGAGCAUGAUGAGAACACUUGAUGUCUCGUCAUCUAGGAGUGUGUCCAAACAACCAUUACAGGUGAGUUUUGAGGAGACAAUUCUAACAACAUAUCCUCCAAUAUAGGCAACAAUGUCCUCGCUGAACCUGCUGAGUCUGGAUGAUUCCCCGUAGUCAUGGUCAGCACACUGUAGAAGGGCACAGAUGUUGUCCUCUGCAGGAACUUCUGCAGUGGGAGUCUCCUCACCUGCACUUUCCUCCCUUCGCGGCUUGCCCUGGUGACCGAGUGUCUCUAUGCCUUCCACUGUAGGCGCAACAUUCGCAGAGCUUGGGGCCUGAACUUCAGCGUGUAUCAGAAGCUUCCUGUAGGCAUGACGGAAUUGGGAAGCUGAUGGGUUAUUAUUCCAUCCUCCUCUUUGCCUGAUGCAGCUGAAGAACAGUUCCAAGUGGUCCUGGCUGAGGCGACCUCUACAUGUUACCUGCAUGCGCCCGCCUGGAACAGCGCUUCUGCCAGCUGUGCAACACUUUUUAGCGUAAAGGCCACGCUGAUGACUGACAUGCGUCUCCCAUGCUGAGCAGCUAGCUCCCCGGAUGGAAGUCGCAGUGUCAUCAUUCUUGACGACAAUCUUUAGUGGCCACAGUCAUGAAAAUGAAAGGCCUACUCAUCUACGUCGGCAAUGAACGAAGCUGUUGCGUCACUUCCUUCAAAUUCGGUCAAUCCCAGGAGCCGUGCGUGGGUCAGGGCUUUGCUCACGGAUGAACUUAGAGUCUGCGCUGCAAGGCGGACCUUCAUGAUCUGGCGGCCAAACUCAAUAUGGGAUCUGGGUCAGUUGCAGCCGUCGACGGACACCACGCAGGUACUGGUUCUUCUCUCGAAGUUGUCUCAUUCCUGUUCUUGGCGUUGUUUUGCUGUGGCAGUGGAACAGCUGGAGAAGGGACGGCGGGCUCUGCUUGCUCAGCACUGCCUUCAAGCAUUUCCUGGAAAACAUGCAGUGAAGGCAGUCAUACAGGGGGGUGGCUGCACAAACUACUAUGUACUUACCAGGGAAACUGUGUCAGCACCACUUUCAUCUCUUUCAUCUGGCUGGCUGGCUGUUACUUGGCUCUAAAAAAGUUCUUCCAUUAUUAUCUCCUUUUGUAUCAUUUUAAAAGUAAUAAAGAAUAACCGGAUA